AGGUAUGAAGGGCCCAUGGGCCUCGUGCAGUUAAACUUCGUUGAAUUUCUUCGCGGAUUAAUAAAAAACCGGAAGGAGAAGCAAAGAAACGCAGGGAAAAUGCGAGAGAUGAAGAAAUGGAAUUCACGCGCGAUUCUUCCUUUUCUUAUAUGCUUGCUAGCGCUGCUGUUACUGCUCUCUGCACCUUCCGUUCACGCCUUUGAUCACACAGCAAAUGGUGUCGUUGGGCGCAGAAUCUUACUUGGUUUCAAAGAAAAGCCUGGAGGAAGUAACCUUACCUUCGAUUGCUCUCCUUCUGGCGCCUGCGUUCCCUGCAUCUACUCUGAAAAGAGUAAUGAAAAAUAUCGUUGCAGCGAGACUGGUUAUCGUAUCCCUUUAAAGUGUGUCGAAAUUAAAGAUAGUACAAAGAAUGGAAAUGAGAACAAAUCUCAGAAUAGUCGAUCAUCUAUAGAGCUCUCCAAUGAAAAUGCAAAUGCACAGGAGUCUUCGCAUGGCACUGUUUCAAACAAGCCUAGAGGUUUACUGGAUGAUUCAUCUACAUUAGAGGAUGGUUCACAGGUUUACAUAACUUACAGAAGCUGUAUAACACCAGUUAAUGAAGAGAAGCUGUCAGUAGUUGGUUUUGAGGUGUGCUUUGGCAAAUAAUGAAGUUCAUCAUGAAAUUUUGCUUCAUUAUUGUUGAACUGCAAAUAUUUAAGGAUAAUGUAGUAUUAGGUGUCCAAAGGAUAUUGGGGCAAAGUGAUCUGAUGAAUCUGGUCUUUUGCAAUGUGCCCUUAGCCAUGGCCUAUAUCUAUAAAGUCCUGAUCCUUUAAUUGCAAUUAUGUGUUACUUACAAUCCAAAAGAGAGAAAAAAAAAAAAAAAGGACCUGCGUUUCUUCGUACUUCAUCUUACCCUAGUAAUGUUCAAAAUUCUUUUGAAGCUCAUUUGUGAGAGUCUUGGGAUGUUGCCUUAAAUGUUAUAUCGUAGAUGUACAUCCAUGCCCAUCAUCAUUGUUGUAGCCAGUGUAGUGAACUGAACCCUCAAAAUGGAGCCUUUAAGGGUUUGGCUUAUGUGAGUUUGCACUAGAAAUUCCUGUUGUUAUGAUGAGGGCUUGAGUAACUGUAGUAGUAUUCAACUCCUAUUCCAA